CCCUCCCGCUGGAAGUCGUUAUGAGGGACGGAAAGUACCAGACCAGGAUUCUUCUUUUCUUUACCAAGUCUUGGGCAAAUACAGUAUUAAGUGUGUCCACUAAAAAAUUGGCAACAAGGCAACAACUUCAUUUUACUUCAGCACUACCUCAAUAUUUUUCCAGCCAUUGCAUUUCCAAAGGUUUUGUUACUGAACUGGACACGAUGUCAGCAUAUAACCCUGAAGAGGAUGUCAAUCUUUACACUCCUCCCACAACAGUGCGUGGAAUUACUGAGCUGAACAGAGAUUUAUUUAGAAAGAAUGUAGCUCUUCCAGCGCUGAAGGUGAAAAAGGACAUAGUGAACAAAAUCAUGAAAUCUUUGAAAAAUUCAGCAUUGAAAAGACCUGGGCUAAAGCGUGUGAUUGAAGACUCUAAAGAUGAAAUGUAUAGGUUUAUUUUAUUGGACCCGUGUAAAAUAUCAUGCACAGAAUCUUUUCAGGCUUCCGAGAAGGCUGUUCUAAAAGAAUAUAAUGUUGACCUUCAGAUUCACAUGUAUCAUUUAGAAAUGACUUAUGAACAUUUCAAACCUGAAGAGAUUCUAAAGGCAAUUUUGCCUGAAGGGCAGGAUGUAACCUCUGGAUUUAGUAGAGUGGGCCAUAUUGUUCACAUGAACCUUCGCGAUCAUCAGCUUCCGUACAAGUAUUUGAUCGGCCAAGUUAUAAUGGAUAAGAAUCCUGGAGUAACUUCGGUGGUUAAUAAAACCAAUAUUAUUGACAACACUUACCGUAAUUUUCAGAUGGAAGUACUAGCUGGGGAAGACAAUAUGAUAACAAAGGUCAAAGAGAACAACAUAACAUAUGAAUUUGAUUUUUCCAAAGUCUAUUGGAAUCCUCGGCUCAGUACAGAACAUAGUCGAAUAGUUGGCCUCCUGAACUCUGGAGAUCUAGUGUAUGAUGUGUUUGCUGGUGUAGGACCUUUUGCUAUUCCAGCAGCAAAGAAAAACUGCAGAGUCAUGGCAAAUGAUUUGAACCCAGAGUCAUACAAGUGGCUAGUCCACAACUGCAAGUUGAACAAAGUUGAUAAUAAAGUACAGUCAUUCAACAUGGAUGGCAGGAACUUUUUAUUGGGUCCAGUUAAAGAGGAUUUUAUAAAACAAGUCGAAAUACUUUCAUCAAAAGAGAACAAAACCUCUAUUCAUAUAAUUAUGAAUCUGCCUGGUUUGGCUAUUGAAUUCUUGGAUGUCUUCAGACAACUCUUUGAGAAGCAAAACUUAGUUAACGCUUUACCCACAGUCCACUGCUAUAGUUUUUCCAAGUCUAAUGAACCUGCCAAAGAUAUUCAGAGAAGAGCGGAGGAUUUCCUAAGAACAUCCCUAGAGGGACGGUGCUCUAUCCAUUUGGUUCGGAAUGUGGCUCCAAACAAGGAAAUGUUGUGUAUAAGUUUUAAAGUUCCUGCUGAGGUGCUGUGCAAAAAUUACUUUGCAGAAAGAG